CGGCGCCGCGCGAGCGGGCGGCGGGGCGAGCACACAUCCCGCACGUAGCCGGCGUAUUAAUCAGCGCGGAGCCAUCUGCUGCCGCGGCCACAGGGCGGGCGGGGGCUGUCGGGCGCGGUUCGCUCACUGCUCGGGGGGUCCCGCACGCUGCUUGGGCGGCGGCAGCAGCAGCAGCGCGGGGCUCCGGCAGCACCGCCGCCCUGGGCCGCGGAGCGCAGCGCAGCCCGCCGCGGCGAAAGUUUUGCUUCGCCUCGCCUGGCCCCGCGCCGCGGCGGAGCCCCUGCCCGGCUCGGCCUGGAGCCGGCGGGCAUCCCGUCCCGAAGCGGGCGCCGGCAGGACAGCGCAGCGCCCGUCCCCGCUGCGCCAUGCCGCUGGGGCACAUCAUGAGGCUCGACCUGGAGAGGAUUGCCCUGGAGUACGUCGUGCCCUGCUUGCACGACAUCGGCUUCUGCUACCUGGACAACUUCCUGGGGGAGGUGGUUGGGGACUGCGUGCUGGAGCGAGUGAAGCGGAUGCACCACGACGGGGAGUUGACCGACGGGCAGCUGGCAGGACCCAGCCGCGGCGUCGCCAAGCGGCACCUCCGCGGCGACCAGAUCAAGUGGAUCGGGGGCACGGAGGAGGGCUGCGAGGCUAUCAACUUCCUCCUCACGCUGAUAGACCGGCUGGUGAUGUACUGCGGGAGCCGGCUCGGCAAGUACUACGUGAAGGAGCGAUCCAAGGCUAUGGUCGCUUGCUAUCCUGGAAAUGGAACUGGGUAUGUUCGUCAUGUGGACAAUCCAAAUGGUGACGGGCGCUGCAUCACCUGUAUUUAUUACCUGAAUAAGAACUGGGACUCCAAGCUGCAUGGUGGAAUUCUUCGAAUAUUCCCAGAAGGAAAGUCCUAUGUAGCAGAUGUUGAGCCGAUUUUUGACCGGUUACUUUUUUUUUGGUCAGAUCGAAGGAACCCACAUGAAGUCCAGCCUUCUUAUGCAACCAGAUAUGCCAUGACUGUGUGGUACUUUGAUGCCGAAGAAAGAGCAGAAGCCAAAAAAAAGUUCAGGAACCUAACUGAUGCAAGGAAGAGAGAAGCACCUCUUAAUGAAGACUAAUCAACUGUUCCUGAACUAUUUGUGAGGAAAUAAGAUCCCAAAGAUGACUUCCAUUUCCAGUGAACAAGGGCAAAUUCUUGUUAUGCACAAGAAUGCACUGUUUGUGUCUAGCAUGUGCAUUUUAUAUUGAUGGUACUCAAGGCAGCCUCCUGUCACGCCUGCAUUUGGCAGAAGGAACACUUGUUUUCUAUUUGCCUUUUGCUGGAAAAAGUAACCAGGGUUAAAUAAAAAAUAGUAUCACUAAGCCUAGUGGUAGUGGCUCAGCCAGCUGGCUUUUGAUCAUUCUUGUAAUCAAGAUAAUGAUCAUUGGGACUAGUAAAAACUUGAGUCUUAUUUGCACUUUAUGGGAUAAAAGAAUCCUAGCUCAAUGGGAAGGAGCUUUACAAGUUGAAAAUCUGUGGCAGACUGCUAAUGGGCAAGGACAAAUAUUGGAAAUGUGAAAUUUAAACUGGAUUUUUAUAGAGUGUCAUCUUAUGGUCUAUCCUGCACGGGCCUGGUGAUGUACUGUUCAUCACUUUGCUGUGUCGAACACUGGCUCAGCUCUUCCAUAGCAUGACUUUACGAACAGAUUCUUGUCUACACAGUCAUCACAUUUCCUGAAUUUUUUUCCUUUUCAAGAGUCAAGUUCUCACUGUGUGUUGUGCUGCCCUUUCUGUCCCAGGACUGAGGGGGAAGAAGUUAUGCAUCUGUCCACAACUUUGUAAAACCAUUUCCUUUCUCUUCUGAGCAGGAUUGGUUGCGUGUUUUCUAUUUUCAUGGCUUUGUAAAGCAGCAGUUUUCUCCAAAAAGUCUGGUAAACAUGGAUGGUUAAUGGCACACAAUGCAUUGGCACUAAAGGCAAACAAUAAGUAGAGUUAAGUGCUAUUUUCAUGACUUCUCCAUCUACUAUGUUUUGUUUGACACAAAUAGGAAUUCGAAAGGUAAAGAUAUGUUUGGCAGUCUGACAAAUGUAUGACAAAUAAUGGGUAACUUAGACUUGAUUUCUAUGCUGCUUAUCCUUAGUUAACACACUUGUUUGACUUUGCAUGCAUAUGCAAUUUGAAUGAAACAGUUCAGUUUCAAUUGGCCUGUUACACUGGGUAACUACUUCUGCUGUGCCCAAGCUGUGAGAUCAGAGUUAUUCAAUUGGCAAAGCAUGUUUGUGUUUGUUUUUUUCUCCAUUAUUUUUUUUAAACUUCUUAGCUCACCAGUUCUCAUUGAGUCUAUCUCCAAUCUUCCUAAGCUUCUACAGCCAGCACUUACUAUGCAGUUCAGAGUAGCUCUUCGUGAAGCUGGGAGCUGGUGGUGGAUGUAUUCAUCACUCACACUAAUUAUUCUCAACUGAAUACACUCACUUGUAUUCAUUUUCAUCUCAUGUUGUCAGUGUGUAUGUCAGACCCUACUAAAUGUUCUGAAUAGGUGCCCUGUUCGGUGUCCCAUAUGUUCCCGUGCCACCUGCCUGCAGAGGUGCAGAUGGUCUGUCUGCACCACUGGCCCCUGCACCAGUUCACCACACUGUGCUGGGUGGUCAUGCUAGGGAUGGGUCUGUGGGCCAGCUCUGUUACCCUUCAGCUAGGAAGUGAAAGGCAGUGUGCAAUGGCAACUAUUAAACAGCACUGACAGAAAGGUAAUGGCUGCAUAGGACAGUAAAGAAAUAACUUUUGUAAUAUAAAAAAUUGUAAUAAAAAUGGAGUAUUUUUUUAAGCAGUUAUGUCACUUAAAAAAAAGAAAAAGGAAAAAAGCUGGGCAUCCUUCAGGCUGUCCUUGAAUUCUGAAUGUAAACACAGUUGUGUGAAGAAACCCCUCGUUCUCUCUGGCUUCUCCCAGAGAUACAGCUAUGGUCUUAUGGGCUGGACUUUGUUCAACCUGACCACUUUGCACCUUAAGAGAGGAACAUGAGGGAACAGUGACACAAAUUCUUAUAACUCAAAAGACUAGAAAGACAAAUAAUGUGGUAAAUGUUCCUUUAAUGUUAGGAAAAACAUUAUUCCACUACAGUUGCUUUUAAGUAGCAUAACAUAGACUUGAAGGAAAUUUAACGAUAACUUGAAGUUCUCAUUCUGCAGUGUUCAUGUGGGAGGAGAAAGAGUUAGGGCUCUUGGUUGAGAAUGAGAGGCAAUGUACUGGAAGAUGGGAGGUGUUGAAAAAGGAGAGCCACAGGAUUAUUAUUCAAAAAGGAGGGGGCAAGAGGGAGCCUGACUUGUUGUACUGCUAUGCAAAGUUGAUAAUGGCAUGUAAAUUUGAAACUCCUACAUGAUUUUAAAGGGGGCAAAGAUAGCUAAAACAGAGCAGAGCAAGUCUUGCUUUGCUUUUAGAAACGGUAACCUUUAAAAAAAUGCACUAGAAAGAGAUGUUAGUACACAUCUCUCUGGAGCCUAGAACAGUGGAAAAAUGAUGGGGUGGGAGAGGAAAGGCUUUGUAUAAACGUUGAAAGAGAAAGGUACUUCAGUUACCACUAUUGCUACUGCCUGGCUUCAACAGUGGUCAGGAACACGUACGUGGUGGAUGAAAUGUGGAGCAGUAUAGAUUUCAUUUAUUGUAAAUAAAGUACCUAUUUUCAUUUUUAGCCAGUAUCUUCAUGAUCUAGAUAGAGGAGAAAGCAAUUGUUCAGUGGCAGAGAGCACUCUUUUUCUUUAUUAACAUAUAUAAUUAAGUACAAAAAAGUUGAGGGCACAAGAUUUUGAAACUUAAUUCUUCUGUUCCAGACAUUACCCCAUUUCCAGAUCAGUGUGAUGACCUCCUUGAAGAUGCUGUAGUUUAACUGGGUGGAUAAGAGACGUGUUGGUCAUGUAGGAAUGCACAGGCUUGAUAUUUUUGACAUGAAUUUCUUAUGCCUGUCUCUGGAAUUGUUGCAAACUGCUCUGCAAGAAUGGAAUUGUCUGAAGAACUGUGGGGGAAGCAGGCUGCUGUAGUAGGGAGGGCAUUUCAAGGAGACUCCCUUACUUGUGUUUUGUUUUCAUGGUCAACUGAAAGAUCUACAGCUGAACAGCACUUCUCACCCAGUUGAGAGAAAGUGUUUUCUCUAAGGCAUUUAAUUUUUAGUCCUCCAGAAGUUUUGUUGGGUUUUCUGCAACCUUUAGGUAAUGUGCCUUCAUCAUUCAUACCUGUGAAGAUGUUACAUGCCACGUGUGUGUCAUGCAAGAUUUUCAUUGCUUUUUAAGAAAUAUGGUUGCCUUUCCAAAUGCAAUUGCAUUGGAAAAAUAUGCAGAGCCACCAAGCCACAGUUUCUGACAGGUGGUUUUUGUUGUGCAGGGAGGAAAAAGGCCAGGACACUGUACUAAAAAUCAAGAGACUAUUUUUAUUCUUAAACCUGUAACUUCUGGCCUUUUGGGUAAAGUAGCCUUUAAUAAAUACUAUUUUCUCUAGAUUACUUCUGGUUCUAUGAGGAAUGGCCUCUGCAAAGUAAUGUCUAAAAAGAUCCACUCUUUUCUUCCUUCUCUCUUUAAACAGUUUUAGUCCUUUCUUAUUGUGUUUUUAAAAAUGUUGGAAUAUAUUAUAUGUAUUUUUUGUUGUUGUUGCAAAAUAGCUGGCUCUAACACCACUUGCAUCUAGAAGAUAAUAUAUCUAUUUGCAGGCAAAUAACUAGUUCUACUUUGACUGUGCUGUACUCCCAGCAGAUAUCUGAGAGUGAGUUAUGAUUACAUCUUCUCUUGUCAGGUUGUAUGCUGGUCAACAAUGCUGGCACUUUGCAUCAGAUUGAUAUAGAAACACCAAGUAGUGUUUUACCAUACAUCACGCUUUGUGUUCCUGUUACUAUUUAAAAAAAAAUAAAGAUGUGGCAGGAGUGAAUAAAAACUGGGUCAUAUUAAA